CCAUACGGAAACUUUUAUUCAAGAAUUGUUUCUGUGCGGACGGUUUUGGAAGGAGCACCGCUUAGGUUUGACGUUUUUGUAAAUAAUGCUCAAUUCGUUGUUGAGAUCAUAGUUUUACAUUUAUAUAAUCGAAUUUCUAUGGCACUCUUCGCCAUCAGAAACACGUACAUCAAGAUACACAUGAAGUUCUCAACAACCACAGCUAAAACUAGUCUGGAAAUUCUCCUACGAGGCUGGCAUUAGGUCUACACUGAGUUCGUGAUGAAUGUGAAUCAAGGCACCGUCGGCAGUGAUCCGGUGAUACUCGCCACCGCUGGAUAUGAUCAUACCGUCCGAUUCUGGCAGGCUCACAGUGGCAUCUGCACGAGGACCGUCCAGCAUCAGGACUCUCAGGUAAAUUCCCUUGAAGUGACACCUGAUAGGAGCAUGAUUGCUGCUGCUGGUUAUCAACACAUACGCAUGUAUGACCUAAACUCAAAUAAUCCAAACCCUGUGAUCAAUUACGACGGCGUCAGCAAGAACAUCACGUCUGUUGGCUUCCAUGAGGAUGGGCGGUGAAUGUACACGGGUGGAGAAGACUGCAUGGCUCGCAUCUGGGACCUGAGGUCGAGGAAUCUACAGUGCCAAAGAAUAUUCCAAGUCAAUGCACCUAUUAAUUGUGUGUGUCUUCAUCCUAAUCAGGCUGAAUUAAUUGUUGGGGACCAAAGUGGUGUUAUCCAUAUCUGGGAUUUGAAAACCGACCACAAUGAACAGCUCAUCCCAGAGCCAGAUGUGUCCGUCAAUUCAGUCCAUAUCGAUCCUGAUGCCAGUUAUAUGGCUGCAGUCAACAGCUCAGGCAACUGUUAUGUGUGGAAUUUGGCUGGAGGAAUCGGCGAUGAGGUGACACAACUGAUACCUAAGACCAAGAUCCCUGCUCACAAACGCUACUCAUUACGCUGCAAAUUCAGCCCAGACUCCACAUUGUUGGCCACAUGCUCUGCUGACCAGACCUGUAAAAUCUGGAGAACCUCCAACUUCUCUCUGAUGACAGAGUUGAGUAUAAAGAGUAACAACCCAGGAGAGACGUCCCGAGGCUGGAUGUGGGAUUGUGCCUUCUCUGGAGAUUCACAAUACAUAGUUACAGCCUCCUCGGAUAACCUUGCACGUCUGUGGUGUGUGGAGACCGGAGAGAUCAAACGGGAGUACAGCGGCCAUCAGAAAGCCGUGGUGUGUUUGGCCUUCAAUGACAGUGUGCUUGGAUAGUAUGCAGAAGAAGCUCAUUCAGCUGCGACAGCCAUAGCUGCCACAAUACCUGACAUUUGCAUCUCAUAUCCAUGCUCAUGGUAUUCAAUGCACUGCAUACAUGUGCAAAAAACAAAGUUUUUGUUGCAUUAACGAGAACCCUUAAUGGUUAUGAAUGAUGACUGAUCAGAAAACUGUCUAUUGUUGUAUCCCUUUCGUAGCAAAUUCAAUGUUAGGAUACAUGUACUCAGUUUUUGUAUGCACAUACGUUUAGUCAAUAAACAUUAUGGUAACUUGUAUUUAGGUUUUGAUUAAUAUCUAGACAUCACUGAAUUUAUGCCAUUCUUGAAUUAAAUACUCAUUCAAAUAUA